CCCCCCUCCCUCUGCUGUCCAGUAGUCGGACGCACCGAGCCGCUCCGCUCCGUCCGCCUCGUCCCUCCGCGCCCCGCCGGACAACCUCACCGCUGCUCCUCCAAGUGGCGAUGGUGAUUGACAGAUGAUCUGACACAGGAAGCUAUCAGAGACCAUCUCCGCGCUGGUUACUAUUAUGGGGUGUGCCUGUUGCAAGCAGAGGAAGGCCAGCAAAGCAGCAGCAGCAGAGGUGGUUACGGAUCUGUUCCCUGGCAACGCCGAUGGGGAUUUGUCUACAUCGUUGACUCCGUCCCGUUACUGUCCCGACCCCACCCAGACUAUUCCCGACUUCAACAAGGCCUUCGCUCCCACCCUCUUCCCCAGCGCCACCAUACAGCCACGGCCCGGAGGCAUCACAAGCAGCGGAGUUACUCUCUUCAUAGCUCUGUAUGACUAUGACGCUCGUACUGAAGAUGACCUCAGCUUCCAGAAAGGAGAGAAAUUCCACAUCAUCAACAACACAGAGGGCGACUGGUGGGAAGCUCGAUCGCUGGAUACAGGCAACUCAGGCUACAUUCCCUCCAACUACGUAGCGCCUGUGGACUCCAUACAGGCCGAGGAGUGGUAUUUUGGGAAGAUGGGGAGGAAAGAUGCAGAGAGACAGCUACUGGGCCAAGGCAACCAACGAGGAACCUUCCUCAUCCGAGAGAGCGAGACCACCAAGGGUGCUUACUCUCUGUCUAUCCGUGACUGGGAUGACACCAAGGGAGACCACGUCAAGCACUAUAAGAUUCGCAAGCUAGAUAAUGGCGGUUAUUAUAUCACCACGCGAUCACAGUUUGACACUGUGCAGCAGCUGGUGGAGCACUACACAGAGAGAGCAGCAGGGUUGUGUUGCCGUUUGAUUGGCAGCUGUAGGCGAGGCAUGCCUAAACUAGCCGACCUAUCGGUGAAGACCAAGGACGUGUGGGAGAUUCCUCGGGAAUCCCUCCAGCUGAUUAAGAAACUGGGCAAUGGGCAGUUUGGAGAAGUUUGGAUGGGCAACCAUGACGGGCUGUGUUACUACCUGACAACACCCUGUCGCAACUCCAUCCCCCUCACCUUGGGCCUUGGGCGGGACGCCUGGGAGGUGUCCAGGGAAGAGCUGUCCCUCACGAAGAAGCUCGGGCAGGGCUGCUUCGGGGACGUGUGUCUUGGCAUGUGGAACGGCACCACCAAGGUAGCGGUGAAGACUCUGAAGCCGGGCACCAUGUCCCCCGAGGCCUUCCUGGAGGAGGCUCAGAUCAUGAAGAGACUCCGCCAUGACAAGCUGGUGCAGCUGUAUGCCGUGGUGUCUGAGGAGCCCAUCUACAUCAUCACAGAGUUCAUGAGCCAAGGGAGCUUGCUGGACUUCUUGAAAGACGGGGAGGGACAGAGUCUGAAGUUGCCUCAGUUGGUGGAUAUGGCCGCACAGAUUGCAGCAGGAAUGGCUUACAUCGAGAGGAUGAACUACAUCCAUCGUGACCUGCGAGCGGCUAACAUUCUCGUUGGAGACAAUCUGGUGUGUAAGAUUGCUGACUUCGGCCUGGCAAGGCUCAUAGAAGACAAUGAAUACACUGCCAGACAAGGGGCAAAGUUCCCCAUCAAGUGGACCGCUCCAGAGGCCGCACUGUACGGACGCUUCACCAUCAAGUCAGACGUUUGGAGCUUUGGCAUCCUACUCACCGAACUCAUCACCAAGGGACGCGUGCCGUACCCAGGCAUGAACAACCGUGAGGUGCUGGAGCAGGUGGAGCGGGGUUACAGGAUGCCCUGCGCUCAGGGCUGUCCCGCCUCACUCCAUGAGCUCAUGCUGCAGUGCUGGCGGCGUGAGGCCGACGAGCGGCACACCUUUGAGUACCUGCAGUCCUUCCUGGAAGACUACUUCACCGCCACAGAGCCUCAGUACCAGCCAGGAGACAACCUGUGACCGCAGUCUCACACACACACACACACCACACACACAUACACACACACACACACACACACACACACACACACACACACACACACACACACACACACACACACACACACACACACACACACACACACACACACA